AUGUCGUCGGACAUUGAAAAGACCGUCAGUGAACAAAUGAACGAUAAAAUGUAUGCACUGCAAGCAGACGAAUCAAUUGAUAUUGGAGGACAUAAUAUAUUCUCUACAGUAGCAGACUAUUUAAAAGAAAUGGGACUGACUUGGAAAUUAUGUGUUGGAAUUUGUGCAGAUGGUUGUCCAUCCAUGGUAGGAUCAGUAAAAGGUUUCGUGUCACCAGCGAAGGAAAACCCACAGCUGAUUACAACACAUUGUUUCUUACAUCGUGAAAAUCUUAUUGCAAAGACACUUGGACAUGGAUUAAAGCGUGUGCUUGAAAGCCUUCUGCUCCACACAGAGGUCAGGUGGCUAUCAAGAAGCAAAGUGUUGUCGAGAGUGCAUGAACUGAGACAGGAAAUACUAGUUUUCUUUGCUCUUGAGGGAACACCUGAAUUCUGUGACCUACUGGCUGAUGACAUUUGGAGCGCAAAGUUAUGCUACCUGGCGGAUAUAUUUGAACAUCUAAACAAGGUUAAUUCUAGUAUGAGAAAUGAGAAUAUAUUAACAUCAUAUGACAAAAUGAAGGCCUUGCUGGAAAAAAUAAGGCUUUGGAAAGAUAGGCCUCUCAGCCCCGUAGGACGCAGUGUCAAAUCUUCAGAUGACUAUCACCAUUUCCAAUACAUUUCUGGAAUCAAUCAUUUUAAGAAUUGA